AUGCUGCUCGUCUCACAAAAACACAACCUGUCCGCCCGAUUCCAAUCAAAGGAGACGAUCAAAGCGGCACACAUUGUCAUGCCUUCAUCUGUCGGCUUCUUGAUCGUCUACGGCAUCAAUCUAGCAAUUAGCGUCUAUUAUGCCACUGCUUCGCUCUACGGUGGCGUAAGAAUCCAACACGGCAAGAAGCCAAUCACCAGCGUGAAGCCAAUGGCCUCCGACGAACACAUAAAGGGCGUGCUAGAUAUGUGGAACAGAACAGCGAAGGCCAAAGGAAACAAAUGGAGGAAGACGAUGAAGCAGGCGGUGCACGACGAGAAAGCGCGCGCCAAACAAAAUACGGUUGUUGGACGGGCCGUUGGAUACAGGGCCACCACAGCGCCU